UUCGCUGGAAAGUCUCCUUCCUGGUGGCAAGCUCGUCUUCUCCGGAAGCUCCACUUUCUGCCUUCUCCUCUGGGAACAAAACCCUCCAUCCUAAACUUCCCUUCCAUGGCCACACUCUCCCCGCCCUCUUCUUCCUGGCGUCUGCAAAACCCUAACACUAAUUUAAACCCUGAGCUUCUCUGUCGCCCCAAAAUGCCCCUAAGCUCCCACUCCCCCCAAGCCCUAAACCCUCCGGUUGAAGAUGACGACUCAGACCCACAACCCCUCUCCGACCUCCGGGACCCAUCUACAGUCUCAAAUUUCAUCCAAAACCCAUCCCCUAACGCCCCUCGGUUCAACACGGUUCCCGCCCUGCUUCACCUCUCCUUCAACCAAGACUCUUCUUUCUUCUCCGUGGGCACGACCCACGGGUUCCGGAUCUACAACUCCGACCCGUUUCGGGAAAUCUUCCGCCGGAACUUCUUCGACGACAGCGGCGGCGGCGUUGGAGGCAUUGGCAUCGUCGCGAUGCUCUUCCGGUGCAUUAUUUUUGCUCUCGUUGGUGGCGGCCCUGCCCCGCAGUACCCCAAGAACAAGGUCAUGAUCUGGGACGACCACCAGUCGCGGUGCAUUGGUGAACUGUCGUUCCGCUCCGAGGUCAAGGGUGUGCGGCUCCGCCGCGACCGCAUUGUUGUGAUUCUCCUCCAGAAACUGUUAGUCUACAAUUUUGCGGACCUGAAAUUGCUUCAUCAAAUUGAGACCUUCGGGAACCCAAAGGGGUUGUGCGAGGUUUCUCAGGUUUCGGGGUCGCUUGUUUUGGCGUGCCCAGGACUGCACAAGGGUCAGGUGAGGGUGGAGCACUAUGGGUCGAAGCGAACCAAGUUUAUUACAGCACAUGAUUCCAGGAUUGCUUGCUUUGCGCUUACACAAGAUGGCGGAUUGCUCGCCACAGCGAGUAGCAAAGGGACUUUGAUUAGGAUUUUCAAUACGCUUGAUGGGUCGUUGCUUCAAGAGGUAAGAAGAGGUGCAGAUAGAGCAGAGAUUUAUAGUCUUGUGUUCUCCUCCACUGCUCAAUGGUUAGCUGCAUCUAGUGAAAAGGGAACUGUCCACGUCUUCAGCCUCAAGGUUGAAUCUGGUUUACUAGGGAAUGACAGAUCACGCAACACAUCUGAACCAAGUCCUUCGACAUCAUCUGCUAUUUCAUCUCUUCCCUUCAUCAGAGGUGUUCUACCGAAGUACUUCAGCUCAGAGUGGUCAGUGGCUCAGUUUCGACUGCAUGAAGGCGUCCACUACAUUGUUGCCUUUGGUCACCAAAGGAACACUGUUAUGAUUCUUGGCAAGGAUGGCAGCUUCUAUCGAUGCCAAUUUGACCCAGUGGCUGGUGGAGAUAUGACGCAGUUAGAAUACUACAAUUUCCUGGAGCAAGAAGGAACUUUCUGAAAGUGUAUCUAUAUAUAUAUAUAUAUAUAUAUAUAUAUAUAUAUAUAUAUAUAUAUAUUUUGGCCAAGUCAUUACCAUUAUAUGUUUAUAUUUUUCUUAGAUUUAUUUGGAGGGACUGAAUGACUUGUAAAUAUAUUGAAGGUGUAAAUAGGCCUAAAGCCUGCAUUAUGUCCUGGGCUGUAUAUAAAUCUAUUACCAUGUAUAUACCAUGCAUAUAUGUUAGCAGAAAUAUUUAGG